CACCUGGAGUCGCCUCUCCGCAGGGAAAUCGGCGGCUGCCCGGCACGGGCGUCCAGAGGUAAAGGCGUCCGGAGGGAAGGCCCGGGGCUGCGGCCGAGCUCUCCGGGGCCAGCCCUGCCCUGCCCGCCGCCCUGGCGCCGGCCACGCUCGGAUGCCCCCUGUGCCCGCCCCGCCGGGCGGAAACUUUGCCUGGCCAAGUCCCCUGCCCGCCUAACAGCGCCGAGAGGCUCCCGGUCGGCGGCGCGCCCUCCGGGGCCGCGAAGCCCCGCGCGUGAUUGCGGGGCCCGCCAGGCGCCCGGCGCCCGCCGCGCCCCGCCGUGCGCGAGCGGCCGCCAGGAUGCGCUACGCCGACCCCUCGGCGAACCGGGAUUUGUUGGGGAACCGAACUUUACUCUUCAUCUUCAUCUGCGCCUUCGCCUUGGUGACCUUGCUGCAACAGAUCUUGUAUGGCAGAAACUACAUCAAGAGAAGCCUCCAGUUUGGUUGGCAGAGUGGCGACCAGCUGGCCAAUUGGACGGGGCUCUUUAAUGUCACGGACGACCCGGCAGUGCAGAGCGGCAGUGACUCCAGCUCCAGGAGCCCAGGAGAAGGAGCAGGUCCAAGCGAUCGGUCUGGAAAGCUCCAAAUAAGACCACACAGAAAACCCAGGCCAGAUAGAGCUCCUAAUGGCUGCGGUCAGGUGUUGUCCAAGGAGAAGACCGGGGAAGGCCGGGCCAAAUUGGAAAGUGUGUACUUUGAGUUUUACGAGGGCCCGUUUGAGUAUAACUCCACAAGAUGCCUGGAGCUGAGACACGAAAUCUUGGAAGUGAAGGUGCUGUCCAUGGUGAAGCAGUCGGAGCUAUUCGACAGAUGGAAGAGCCUGCAGAUGUGCAGAUGGGCAAUGAAUAUCUCUGAGGCCAACCAGUUCAAGUCCACUCUGUCCAGGUGCUGCAACGCCCCCUCCUUCCUCUUCACAACGCAGAAGAAUACGCCCCUGGGGACGAAGCUCAAGUAUGAAGUGGACACCAGCGGCAUCUACCACAUCAACCAGGAGAUCUUCCGCAUGUUUCCCAAGGACAUGCCCUACUACCGGUCCCAGUUUAAGAAGUGUGCAGUGGUGGGCAAUGGAGGCAUCUUAAAGAACAGCCGCUGUGGGAGAGAGAUCAACAGCGCUGACUUUGUCUUCCGGUGCAACCUACCCCCCAUCUCAGAGAAGUACACCAUGGAUGUGGGAGUGAAGACGGAUGUGGUCACUGUGAACCCCAGCAUCAUCACCGAGAGGUUCCACAAGCUGGAGAAGUGGCGGCGGCCCUUCUACCGGGUGCUGCAGGUGUACGAGAACGCGUCGGUGCUACUGCCCGCCUUCUACAACACGCGCAACACCGACGUGUCCAUCCGCGUCAAGUACGUGCUGGACGACUUCGAAUCGACGCAGGCCGUGUACUACUUCCACCCGCAAUACCUGGUCAACGUGUCGCGCUACUGGCUCAGCCUGGGGGUGCGCGCGAAGCGCAUCAGCACCGGCCUCAUCCUGGCCACGGCGGCGCUCGAGCUCUGCGAGGAGGUGCACCUGUUCGGCUUCUGGGCCUUCCCCAUGAACCCCUCGGGCCUCUACAUCACCCACCACUACUAUGACAACGUCAAGCCCCGCCCCGGCUUCCACGCCAUGCCCUCUGAGAUCUUCAACUUCCUGCACCUGCACAGCCGAGGCAUCCUCCGCGUGCACACGGGCACCUGCACCUGCUGCUGAGGGCGGCACUGGCUGGCCGGCCACCCCGGCAAGCAGAACCUCGCUCCUCCUCUCCUUCCUGCGCCGGGCAGUGCGUGGGCCAGGAGGCAGGGAUGGGGGGGGGGGGG